AUGUUCCGCCCCAGCGGAAGUGGCCUCCGGCAGAAGUUGGUCAGCCUCACCCUGAAGGCGGCCUUGCUGGGCUCCUGGAUCCUGGGAAUAUUUCCAUUCACCUUCGACAGCUGGACUCGGAAACUGCACCGUUCCAAAUGGCUAAUGAUCUAUGGAGUCCUUGUGAAUGCAGGACUCGUGGCCCUGAUCCUUUGCAACGACACCGAGGCCGAGAGUCAGGAGAGAAUGGAGGUGUUUCGACGGAAUCCUUUGGCCGAGCAGAUCAACGGAGUUCACGACAUUUUGAGUCUUAUGAUGGUAUCUUUCAUGCUGUUUCGGGCUUACUGGAAAAGUGGCGACAUCGAAAGGAUUCUGAACGAGCAGAUGGACCUCAACCACAGGCACUUCCGUCAUUAUCCUUUGGAGGAGUGGUGCAGCUUCGACAAGUUUGUCCUCUACAAAGGACUCUCGAUUGUUCUGGAAUUGGCUUCCAUGUUGCUCCUGGAACUCGGCAUGUCUCCAAACUACAACAGGCAGCUCUUCUUGGGCGUGACCAGCUUGUGCCUGGUGCUGCUGGGAGUGCUCUUGGGAGUCUCCCACUUUCACUUCGCCGUCGUCUAUGUCUACCGAUAUGUGUGGACUGUCAACAGAGAGCUCCUGAGGCUGGUGAAUGAACUGGCCGCGGGACGGACUGUGGAGGCCUCCAGAGUGGACUACCUGCUCAGCCUCUACAAUCGCCUCUUGGAUAUUAAUGGCCGACUCGUCAAAGUCUACGACUACCAAAUGGUCUGGGUCAUGGUAAAUUUCCUCUCCGCCAACAUCAUGUCCAUAUACUUCUUCAUCAUAUUCGUCAUCAGCCUGAAGAAGGAGAUUGAUGUAAAGCUACUGACCAUAAUCCCUCAGACCCUGAUAGUUAACGUCUUCGAUUUCAGCCUGAGCAUUGCAGUUUGCGAUUUGGCGGAGAGAACCGGAAAACAGACCUCCACCAUCCUGAAACUAUUCAAUGACAUUGAAAACCUGGAUGAAAAGGUGGCCAGGAGUAUUUCCGACUUCUCCUUAUUUUGCAGCCACCGAAGGCUGAGGUUCAGUCAUUGUGGCCUGUUCUUUGUGAACUACGAGAUGGGAUUCCGCAUGACCAUUACCAGUUUCAUGUACCUCUUGUUUCUCAUCCAGUUUGAUUUUUGGAAUUUGUGA